UUUUUCUAUUUUUGUUUCAUUUGAUAUCCAACAACCGAUCGAUGAUGAUGAUGAUGAUAAUGACGAAAUUAAUCUUGACCACAUUGCUAAUCGGACAAACAUUUUGGACGGUCCGCGCCAUUAAUCAUGAAUCAAUUGCUUUAGCAUUUACAAUUGCAUCUAAUCAAUUUGGUUUUGAUCUUCUACAACAAUUAUCCGUGAAAAAUAAUGAACAAAAAGAGAACAUUCUUUUUUCACCAUUAAUAUUGGAAAUAUCAUUAUCAAUGAUUUAUGCCCGUUCACAAGGAAAUACAAAAUAUCAAAUGGAAAAUGUUUUAAAUUUUUAUGAAUCACCUUGUGCUAAUAAUAUUAUCGAUGCAAUUCAAACGAUUCAAAAUAAUUUGAAUGAAACAAAUUGGAUUUAUCUGAAUUUAAUGGCCAUAAAUUCAACUGAAAAUUCAAAUCCAGAUUACAAAAUAUUUAUGGAAGAAAAUUAUCAAGCGAACAUUAUCAAUAUGAUGAAUGAUAUGGAAGAUUUGAAAAAUCAAAUCAAUCAAUUGGUCUUACCGAAUGCUAUGAUCAAUAAAUUGAUAACGACGUUACAUUCGUUCAAUCUUACGUCGAUCAAUGAUUAUGAUAAUAUCGGUGAUAAUGAUAGAAAACCAAUUGCUUUGAUUAAUAUGGCAACAUUUCAAACAAAAUGGUUAGAAUCAUUUGAUCAACAACAAACACAAAUUGGUUAUUUUCAUAGUUGGAAUGGUGAAAAAUAUUCAAAUAUACAAUAUAUGUUUAAAAAUGGUCUAUUUCCACAUCUAUAUCUACCCGAUAUGGAUGCCGAUAUGAUUAUGAUAAAAUUUUUGAAUGAAAAUUUUUCAUUUAUCGGUAUUCUACCCAGAUUAAUCGAAAUGGAUUUAAAUCGUAUUCAUCGAUCAUUAUCAUCACUGUAUCUAUAUCAUUUAAUUGAAAAAUUAAAUCAAACAUUUGCAACUGAAUUUGCUUUAUUUUUACCACGUAUGAAUUUAUGUAUAACAUAUGAAAAUCUUGUCGAUGAUUUCGAAGAAAUGGGUAUCAAUGAUUUAUUUCAUCCAUAUCGUUCGAAUCUAACUGAUGAUAAUAAUGAAAAAACCAAUGAAUGGAUUGAUCGUAUUUAUCAUCAAUCACAAAUACAAAUGAAUGAAUAUGGUAUAGGAAAUGAUGAUUCAUUUUAUGAUUUACAUACAAUGGAUAAAAUUAUUGUUGAAAAACGACAAUCAUUACCUGUAUUAAAAUUUGAUCAUCCAUUCAUAUUUUUUAUCAAUCAUAUUCAAUCUGGACAGAUAUUAUUUUUGGGUGAAAUACAAAGAUUAUAAUUUCAAUCCAAAAAAAAUAAAAUAAAAAAAAACA